AUGCAGUCCACGGGCUGGCCCUGCGUGGUGCCUGUGAUGGGCAACUGGUUUGGGAAAGCUGGCCGGGGAGUUGUCUUUGGUCUCUGGAGUGCCUGUGCUUCAAUGGGCAAUAUUUUGGGAGCAUGCCUGGCUUCAUCUGUUCUGCAGUAUGGUUAUGAGUACGCCUUUCCGGUGACCACGUCCGUGCAGUUUGCUGGUGGGAUCGUCAUCUUCUUUGGACUGCUAGUGUCACCAGAAGAAAUUGGUCUCCUGAGUAUUGAGGCAGAAGAAAACUCGGAAGAAGAUUCACACAGGCCUCUUAUCCAUGGUGCUGAAAAUGAAGACGAGCCUAACUAUUCAAUCCAGGAGGAUGGGGCUGUCACCCAAGUGAAGGCAAUCAGCUUCCAUCAGGCUUGCUGCCUUCCUGGAGUCAUACCAUACUCACUGGCCUAUGCCUGCCUGAAGCUGGUGAAUUACUCCUUUUUCUUCUGGUUGCCCUUUUAUUUGAGUAACAGCUUCGGGUGGAAGGAAGCCGAAGCCAACAAGCUGUCCAUUUGGUACGAUGUUGGAGGCAUUGUAGGUGGAACUCUGCAAGGCUUCAUCUCUAAUGAGCUACAGAAGAGAGCACCUGUGCUGGCCCUCAGCCUGUUCCUGGCGGUUGGGUCCCUUGUUGGUUAUAGUCGCUCUCCAAACAAUAAGUCCAUCAAUGCGCUUCUGAUGACCAUUACAGGGAUUUUUAUUGGUGGACUGUCCAAUAUGAUUAACUUGGCUCUUUCUGCAGACUUGGGUCGCCAAGAGCUGAUCCAAGGGAGCAGUGAGGCUCUGGCGACUGUCACAGGAAUUGUUGAUGGAACUGGGAGUAUCGGUGCUGCCGUGGGCCAGUAUCUGGUGUCUUUGAUCCAGAACAACCUGGGAUGGAUGUGGGUUUUCUACUUUUUCAUUCUCAUGACAAGUUGUACAAUUCUGUUUAUUUCACCAUUAAUAAUGAAGGAAGUGUUCUCUCUUGUGCAAAGGCGACGAGCUCACAUACUGAGUGAAUGAUGGGGCCCACAGGAG